UGUGUCGUUAUUAGCAACCGUGUGAUGAAGUUGUUGUGUUUGUUGUGGCUUUGUGUGGUGAAAUGGUGACAUGGUGAAAUGAAAAGCGUGUUAGUGGAUGGUUGAAUGUCCUCGGUGAAACAUGUCCUGCUGCUGUUCGGGACAUGACGCGAAAAGCUGACAAGAAACUGAAAGUGUGGCUGUUUUGUUUGGUGGCUACACUUAGCAAAGUUAGCUCCAGUAGCGCUGUCAGCUGCUAACAGCCGAGGUUCUUACUUGGUUAGUCAAAACAACAGUCUCAACAUGUCCUCUGAAGACAACAGCGACACUCGUGUCCUGGGUUUGGAGCAGCAAGUGAAGAGUUUGUCAGAUGAGUUAAUGCAAUGCCAGGCAGAUAAGGAGUUUGUGUGGUCCCUAUGGAAACGCCUGCAAGUGGCUAAUCCAGACUUGACCCAGGCUGUCAGUUUGGUGGUUGAGCGUGAGAAGCACAAAGCUGAAAUGAAGGACAGGAAAGUGUUGGAGAUCCUCCAGAUCAAAGACUACAAGAUCCAGGAGCUGGAACAGAGAGUGGCAGGGCAGCAGCAAGAGGUGCACAAGAGGACACCAGUCAAUGAGGACAGCACCCUAAUGAAGAAGGAGCUGACGGCUCUGCGUGAGCAACUGCUCAAUAAGGAUUGUGAACUUAAGGAAAUGAAGAUGGAGUGUAGGAAGAAAGGAGAGGAGGAGCAGCAGGUGGUGCAGGCUCUAGAGAAGGAGAAAGAGGGAUUAACUUCCCGCUGUGCUGCCCUACAAGCUGACCUGGAGGAGAAAGAAAGGCAGGUCAACAGCCAACGAGACCAGAGGGAGGCUGCCCAGGCGAGAGUCAAGGAGCUGGAGGAAAAGCUACAUAAUGCCUGGGAGGAGUUGUCUAGCUUGCAGAGCUACAGUGGCAGUCUGGCAGGCCAGCUUUCUACCAAAGAGAGGGAGAUGGCAACAAAAGAGGGACAACUCAGUCAACUCAGACGUGAGCUUGCAGAGGUGCAGACUCUGUACAGGCAGAGCACAGAACAUGCAGCGGUGCAGACUCAUCUGAUCAAGCAACUGGAAGGACUCAAUCUAGACACACAGAGAGUUCUGAGGAACCAGGAAGAGGCACACACUGCUGACACCACCUCCUAUCAAAGGCUGUACACAGAGUUGAGUCAGUGCUACCAGACCCUCGUGGCUAGUGAGGCCAACCUCCGUAAGAGUUACCAGGAGCUCAGCAGCCAGGUGACUGAGAAAGACCAACACGUCACAGAACUCCAGGCCCAGCUACAACAGCAGGAGCAGCAGCAGGAGCAGCAGCAACAACAGAAGCUAAUGGCUCAGCAAGCAAGUUAUCCCUCAUCCAACAGACAAACCAACUUUAAGGUGGUGGUGUCAGAGCUGAGUGAAGCUGCACUGCAGAAGUCCAGCCCUGAAUCUGAUCAGACCUCCACCCGAAGUGCAGGUCCCAGGCCAGAGGACAAAAGUCUUCAAUGCAGAGCCAGCGGCUCCAGCAGAAGACAGCAGGAUGCACCUGUUCAGCGGUCCAGGUCUCUGUCCCCAGCCAGCAGUGUGGAAUUGAGAAGUGGGAGGAAAAGACGUGCAGAACAGAGGAUUCAAGACCUUGAGGAGCUACUGAAGCUGAAGAUGGAGGAGAAUGAGGAGCUGAGGAGGGCUCACGAUAAACGCCGUGAACGUCUAUGUCUGAUUCAAACUCACUACAAGUCUGUCAGAGAGCAGCUCAAAGAGUUGGAAAAAUCAAAUGGCAGGCCAGGUGGAAGGAUGCAGCGUGCAGAGCCGUGGCAGCUCAGACAAGAGAACAGUGAUGCAGUGUGGAAUGAACUGACCUACUUGAAAAACCUCACCAGGAAACUCUCCACUGAAAAAGCUGCCUUAGAAGAGCAGAUGGACAUGUUGCGAGUCCAGGCAGCAAUGGACCGGGCUACGGUGAAGGAACUCCACCUGUGUCUUGCUGAUAAUCACCAAGAAUUGCUUCACAAUAUGGCAGAGGAACACCGGGUCAAAAGCAGCACUCCGAAAAAGCCUUGUGUUUCUUCAGAGCAAAUGGAACAGUCAUUUAAAAAGAUUCAGCAGCUGGAGUGGGGGAUUAUGUCUCUAAACAAGGAGACGGAGAGGCUGAGGGAGGGGAAUGAACAGUUACUGGAGGACAACAAAGACUUGGCCCUCAAAUGCCGCAGACUCCAAGCCUCAUUGGAUUCCCUGCGAACCCAGGAAGCUGUUCGUGGAGAGGCAGCUCAGGCACAGGCUCUGGUCCAAAGGGAGCAACACUGCAAUGAAAUCAUGGCUCUAGAAGCUCAGCUGGCUGCUUUUCAGAAAGAGGCUACCAAACUUCAUCAGCAGUUGCUGAAGAUGAGACAAGAAGUGGGGAUUCUCAGAGCAGCCCGGGACUUCUAUAGGAACCGUGUAGCAGGACCAGUGCGGGCAGGUGGGGUUGUAAGUAACAUUAGCAGCAAGGUUAAAUUCAAAACAACAAGGCUCAGAGGUCCACUACGCCAGAGCAGCCACCGGGCAGUCAACCCCGAUCAAGCCAUCAGCUGGCAAGGCCGGACCCCCAGUCCCACGAAGGACGAGUGGGAGGACAUGAGUAUAGACAGUGACAGUGGUGAGGAGUAUUCAGACAGUCUCAACAGUGUGCCCUCAAGGAAGGCACCUCACAGACAACAUGCGAACAGAAAGUCCGUCAAGUGUUCAUUGAUCACAAAUACAAAAGCACCAGAAGCACAAUCUCUCAGAACACAACUGGCUCAAGACGAUAAACAGCAGGAGCCCUGGGAGCGAGGGGCGAAAGGAGAGAAAAGGAGGUGGAGGAAGAGGAUGCUGAUGAAGGCCCAGCGUUGCUCCUCCGCCUCUCUGCAGCAGCGUGUUGAGUCCCUACAGCGUCACGUUGAAAUACUGCAAAGUGUCAGGAAAGACGCUGUGCUUUCAGCCAAAGAGCUGCGAAGGGCCAACGAGAAGAUCACAGCACAGCUCAGCUCCCUCACAGAGAAACUCAGUAGCAGCAAACAGCUCACUCAGAAGCUGACCUCUGACCUGGCUGGUGUGGAGCAGCAGAAAAAGGUUCUGCAGAUGGAGCUGGAGCAGUGGAGGCAGAUCACUUUCCCUCAGCAACCUGCACCACCUCCACCACCACCAGCAGCAGCAGCACCUGUAAAGGCAGAGUGCUCCUGUCAGUGCAGAACCAUGCCCUCCUCUCCUAACUUUGCACUCCAGGCCCUGGAGGCAGAGGUCAAACAACUUCAAGCCAAACUAAGGUUAAGUGCAAGUGCAGAGGUCACAAGGCAUGUGGCAGCUAACAAAGCCCUGCGAGGCCAACUCCAGGAGAAAGACGACACGCUCCGCCAGCUGCAGGACAAGGCGAACCACACAGAGCGAGAUGUGAACAUGAAAAGGCAGCUGGUUGAGGACCUGAAGACGAGACUGAAGUUCUUACAGGACAUGGAGAAAAGUUACAGAGGACAAUUGGAGGAGCUGGAGAAGAAGGUGAAAACCUUAUCAGAAGAAGCCACCAACAGGAAGGCCCUCGUUGACUCUCUGAAGAGACGACUCAACGUAGCAACAUCAGAGAGAAAGCAGCAUGAAACCUCCUGUACAAAACUGAAGGAGGACCUCGAAAAAAAGGAUCAGCGCAUACAUGCCUUACAGGCUCGCGUAGGAGCCAGUGAGCAGACUUUGGCUGCACUGGAACAGACUGCCACAGAGCAAAUGGAAGGGUUGACCCAGAAGAGUUCCCGUGCGAUGGAGAAGCUUCAGAGACAGCUCGGCAUUGCCUACUCCCAGCUGGAGCAGCUUCAUUCUUUCAUCAAGGUCUUGGCCAGUGAAAUUCUUUUAGACGUUCAAGAGGUCAAGCAGCAGUUGAUGAAGAGGAGGAGGUUGAGGCAGGCCAACACUGUGGCAGCAAAGGGCGGCCUCUCAGCCAAGUCUAUGAUCAAAGCCAAGUCCAUUGCAGCCUCCAUCCUCAAUAUGUCAGAGAAUGAUCUUGCAGACAUAAUGGACACUGAUCAGGGAACAGAGGCUCAUUCCCAGAGUCCAGCAGAGCAGGAGUGGUUGGACCAACUAGACCACAUCUUGCAACAAAAGAUCCCCUCUGCCGGCCAGCUAAUAGAGGCUGUGCGUGUGAAGAUGAAGGAGAGGAAAGUGCUGACAGAAGAGCUGGCCAUGCUCACAACACCAGUCAGCGAAAAAGCCUGACUCCCAGAGCUGAGGCUGGGAAAACUGUCAUCCUCUUCUUUUUCCUCCCUCCCUCCUUCCCUCCCUCCUUCUCUCCCUCACUAGUUCCUACUCUGUGGGAGCUGGACUGAGCCAAGCUGAGCCGGGGCAGCAGAACCAAUAUUUGUGAGAAAAGCGCUGUCAACUCACUCUGGGCCACUGGUGCAACACAGCAGCCGGGCUUUUGUAAAUGAGCCCUCGACAUCUGUGUUAGCCCUCAAUGCACUAUGUCUAUUAGACAGCGCCCUUUAGCGCCAAGGUAAUUUACAGUGCAGCCACUCUCUCCCACUCUCAACACAGACCUGCGGUGAUAAGGCAAAUGCUUACGCUAAUGUUUAAGUUCUCUUACCUCUCCCCCUAAUUUAUUUGGCAACUCAAGGACUUAAGGGUGCAAGGACUUGACCUGGUGAUGCCAAGUCAACAGAAAGUCAAGAGUACACAGAGCAGAAUAUUCACUGUAACACGUUAGAUCUAUUUAUCAUGAUGUGAUUGCUCUGCUCUCUAUCCGACGAUCGGAGCUCAGUAUUUAUUUCUGAAGUAAAUAACCCUUGCUCGAGAUACUUAAACUUGUAUUAAUUGUUUCCACUCUGCACAUAAUGUCCCGUUGAUAAUCUAAUAGUUGUUUUUGUUUUUUUAAAUCUCACAUUUUCUAAAUAAAAAACAGUCUGUUGUCUUA